CAGUCAGUCUUUUCAACAUUCAACUACCAACCUAUACCUAUGAUGCUUUUUCUUAAUCAAGCUUUGGUAGUCAACACAUGAAUUGAACUUGCUUAUCUCCAGAGUAUCGUUGACAAUGGCUGAACAAGAUCGCUACGGUGGUUGGUUCGGCGGGAACAAAGCCGACAAGGUACAGGAAAAGGCCCAGCAAGCUGUUCCAAAGGCCUCUGGUGCUGAACAGGACCGCUAUGGUGGUUGGUUUGGAGGAGACAAGGCAGACCGGGUGAAAGGGGCAAUGCCACAAAACCUACCCAAGGGCUCUGGUGCGGAACAAGACCACUAUGAACGUUCCUUCGGUGGUGACAGACUACCUUCCGCCGGCCAGGCUAGCGAGAGCCUCCCUCAAGUAUCGGGUGCUGAGCAGGAUCGAUACGGGCGCUGGUUUGGUGGAGAUAAGUUCACUGACAUUGAAAGACGGCUACCGAGGACAUCAGGGGCUGAGCAAGAUCGAUAUGAGCAUUGGUUUGGAGGUCACAAGCUUCCCACUAGACUCGACAUCGAGAAAAGGCUUCCUAAGACAUCGGGAGCUGAACAAGAUAGGUACGAGCGUUGGUUUGGCAGACACGAUGGCCCGUCAGCUACCCAGCUGAAGGAAAGCUUGCCGACAGGUUCCGGUGCAGAGCAAGACCGUUACGGAUCUCACUUUACAUCCAACCGCCCAGCUAACGUCAGAUUUGUUGGCACGACCUCAACGCUGGGCCUUCUCCAGCACGCAAUUCUUCCGUCCUUCGGUUUCCAUAGUGGCCUUAGCGUGAUUGCUUACGGCGUGGGCCGGUACACUGACACAGUCGAGGCCAAAGAUUGGCUAUGGCCAGCCGGGCAGGUUGCCAACGCUUGGUGGAGCGCAAUCGGAGCUCCUGUCGUUUACGAAGGGCUAUCCUUCUCAGAGGCAUGGGAUGCAUUGUCGUAUAAUCAGAAGCUUCUCCUUGUUGGAGUCAGUGCCUGGGGUAUCCGCCUGUUCUAUCGUAUUGCAUCGCGCACUCUUCGACGCGGCAAAGAUGACCCACGUUACGAAACGUCUGCCAGGAAGCAGCCAGAUUUCUGGAAUAAGGCAUUCUUCACCAUGUUCCUCCCCGAGGCCCUUAUUCAAACUUUGAUUUCUUUACCAUUCACUCUGCCGUUCCGAGCUCCAAUUGCUAGCGCCCUGGCUGCCCCGUUCCCCGAAGCGACCACGAUCUCUCACAGCCUUGCUAUCUUCCUGUUCACAGCUGGUUACUCACUAGAAACCGUGGCCGACUCUCAUUUAGAAGCCCACAACCGCACAGCCAGCGCCGAACUAAACCGUGAGGGCGUGUGGAGCAUUGUUCGCCACCCCAAUUACCUUGGUGAUGCUCUAUGCCACUUAUCAUUCCCUCUCCUUCUCUACAGUGCUGGGCAACUCCACCCACUCACAAUUGUUGGUCCCAUCGCCAACUACAUUUUCCUCCGUUUCAUUAGUGGAGACAAGGCAAACGAAGAGAAUCAAGAGAAGCGCUACUCAAAAGAAAAUCCCGUGAAGUACCAAGAACUCCAGCAGUACAAGCAAUCCAAGAACAGCUUUUGGCCCGGUUUGGCAGAAGUGAGCAACAAGUGGCUGUGGGCUAUUGCUGCAGCUGGUGCUGGCGGUGUCGUCGUCGAACGAUCACUCAAUGGUCUCUUGAGAUCCUAAAACUGUAUUAUAACUAUAAAAAUGACCUCCUGGUCC